ACCUUGAUCACCUUGAUCACCUUGAUCACCUUGACUACUCUUGUUUGCGUCGAUCUCUUGGUCUGUCUCAAGGCGCUGACAGUUAGUUCAACAUGUUCGACUUGUUGUGCUACCGUCACACCAUGGUCAAUUGCAUCUGACUUACCUCAGUCUCCUACCACAAUCACUACCACCACCACCACCCACCUCCCUCCCUCACCUAGAACAUGGAGCCUCCUGCUCAACGGCGACCUGGUCGCUCUCCUGUCCCUCCGCCCCUUUCCCCCAACCCUUCCUCUCGCGCAGGGUCAAAACAAUCCAACCGGCCGGAAUCAAGUGGCAGCGAUACAUCAGCCUCCUCCCGUCUCUCUGUGGUCAAAAGGUCACCGUACAAUCAACAACUCCCCACCUUUACUUCUCAUACCAAUUCCAGCAACCUCUCCAUUCCUUCUCACUCCAGGCCGUCUGCGCAGUACAUGCCUCGAGACAACAAAUCUCACCUGGGACCCCCGCCGCUUGAGCUGCAGAAACAUCGUCCGAGACAACAUUCCCAGGGUUAUUUUGAACCUUCCAUGCCUUCAGCCUCCCUCGCGAGCCAGUCCAAUCUCCAUGAUCAUGCCUCCACAUCCGGUCUCACGCCUUCGCAAAUUGCUGCUCAGGCGGCUAUGCAGCAUCUCAACGCAGCAACCCACAAUCGCAAGCGAUCACCGACCGUUCCCUUCCCUCAGGAACAACAUCAGCAAGAAAGUCGCCGUAACAGUCGGGGCUCCAAUGGCUCCCACGACGGCCCUAUCACCCCAACUCAUCCGCCGGAACAACAGUACCGGAAUGGACUUAUCGGUAACAAUGCUGCUGCGACUGCUGCCAGUGUCGUCUUUCCGCGAAACGCCGCCACUCCUCAAGUCACCCACAUCGAGGAGGAGAAGCCCAAGAAAGGAGGAUUGAAGCGCUUUCGACCUAAGAAUAUGGUAUUAUCUAGAGACAAAGACAAAGAGUCCAAAGAUAAGCCACCACUUUCACCCCUCAGGACGGAUAGAAUUGCUCCUAGUGGACUCUCCAAGGUGAUGAAUGCUUCCACCGCGAGUCUGGCCGACUCCCUUUCAUCUACAAAUUCGUCUCUAUACCAACUAGCCAAUCCGUCAUCCUCCACAAUUAUACCAGCCCCGGAGCAAAAAGACAAACCUCACAAACAUCAUGGUCUGCGCCAAAAACUAAAACUCAAAGACAAGGACGACACAUAUGCGCUCUCCCUUUCUUCCGCAAGCUCGAAUUCACGUCCUGUUGAUAUCAAUAACCCACAGUCGCUCUACUCGUUCGCCCCUUCGUCUCCCGCUCCCUCGUCCACCUUUUCCAAGUCUGUGUCGGGCCUUGACCUUCGCCAUGGCGGCCGAGCCUUGAGAGAAAAGAAAAAGGAAGAAAAAGCCAUGGCCAAUCUUGAGCCUGUGUAUAGCCGUGCUGAGAGCGAUACAUCUGAAUGGCCGGCUCUCGGGAAUACCUACACCAACCAAUCCAACAGCAGUUUCAAUCCCUACGCCGAAGUCAAGGAUGCAUCUGCCAAUUUUGGUCUCAACAAUAUGUCUGCUGACGAUGCAUGGGAUCUCCUGAGAGCAAAGAUUCUGGUCUCGUUUGAAGGCGAGGAUGUCCGCAUUGCGGUCGAGAAUCUCAAUCGUCUGGUCACUAUCCACGUUCAAAGAUGCGUUCAGCGGCGAGACCCUAGUAUCGUCAUCGGAGACCUGGAAGAUCUUCUCAGAACCGGUUUUGCCAGUCUAAACCACACAUUGCGCACCGCAUCUGAUGAUCGACUCGUACCACAUCUGGUCAGCCUGUGGAUGCAGGUCUUCGGCUCCGUGUUGCCAUUUAUGCAAGCCGUUUUCCUUCCAUUGGACCAGGAAUUCAAAGGCAGAGGAACGAUUCUCACCAGCCCCAAGAUGGCGGCAGAGUUCUGGGGAGCACUGCCCAGCGCUGACAGUGGGAGUCAGUUGUCGUCUUCCCCGGCGACUGGCGAAAGCAGCGACUUUGUCGUUGCUGCUGGCGAAGAGUUGGAGGUUCGACGAAUCUUGUUGAUUGCCUACCGGGACGUCAUCAUUCUUCCUCGAUUCGACGUGUUGAAGGCAACCUUCUCCCGACUAAGUCUCGAAUCUAUCAACGUCAGUCUCUCACACAUUGACGGUGGCAGAAACCGUGGUAAUAGCGCCACGAGCGAGAGACCCGGUACCGCGACAGGCCUCGAACCUAUGUACGCCAGCUACAAUUCUCAGAGCAGCACUCUGCUGGGAAGUAUGUCAGGCGGCGGCCGGUCUCGAGCCACCUCCAACCUGUCCGUGUCAAGCAAUCCCGCACAAGACGUCGCCUUCCAGUCAUUCAGCUCCCCACCAGCGGCACGACCAUCAGACAGCUCUUCGGCACAAGUAACCGAGACCGUCGGGCGCAUGUUACAGUGUUUGUCGGUGCUAUGUUCUAUCCAGUCUGGCGACGACGCCCAGGCGAAAAUGGAGGAACUCAACAAACAACUUAAACUCAAUUGGCUAGGUCGCGGACGCACUGGUCGCAACCGCAAGGGGUUCGUCGGGAGCAGAGUCCGGCCAUCAGCCAGUAUAGGCUCGACGAUCCGGGGUCUAGACCGGGAUGGGAGUCCUACGCCUACGCCAACAAGACAGGGAACUGUGACGAGGCAAGCGGACGAAACAAUGAGAGGCGAGCGAGCCUUGGCCUGAAUCGUGGGUGUUACACGCUUUAGGACGCGGUGCUUCUUGCAUUUAAGAUAUGCCUCAUACCGAUAGAUCACAAAACAUGAUCAGCAGUCAAGGUGAUCAGUUGCAUCUAGAAAGGCAGCUUCAGCGACACCCGGAAGUUACCAAGAUCAGGGAUGAGAUGAUCACCAUCAAGUAUACACGUGGUAGUAUCUUCUCCGACAUGGUUUAGAUUCGUCCACGCGACCCUCUGACAAGGCCUGAUCGUUGCCUAACAUCAUGAGACGCUAGUCUUUGCAAGCGAUUGCUAACCUGCUGAAGGUGUUCCUGACGACCAUACACAUGUCGAAUCCACUCGCAAACGCCUCCGUCCACACUGCGGUGUAACCACUUUAUCUCGGUGCCGGCAAGAUAUCUAUAGAAGGCCUCUUUGAUCUUUACGUGCAGCUCUGGCGCUGCUCUACAUGGGUCAGUUAGAUGUCAAUAGCUGGUGUGUGAACCCUGCUCUAGCCAGCGGACUGUGCAUGGGUAUUGUGGAUGCCCUCUUGCAAGGGACUUUGUAUCUUGCAGCCCAGAUUCGAGUACUUUUUAGUAGCUCUUGUGAAUCAGACUAGCCCAGCCUUGGUUCACGAUCGCAAUACUACCAGCACUACUCGUAUGUAAGUUCCAAGAAAAGAUGGCAUACUAGGGUGUUCGUUAUCUCAGAAAGGUAGAUUAACCCGGUGAAGGCGAAAGGCAAAGAAAGGCAAAGCCAACCGAUGCCAACCGCGAUGAUAUUGCAAUUUCCAUUCUCCGCUGGCUGCCCGACUAGGGUGACAUUGUGUGACAUGAGUAGGAUUGCAGCCAUGGCGUGAUAUGGGUAUAGAUAUGCUGCGGAGGCCCAACCUAUGAGAUGGCGGCGUAGCCAGGUGGAAGGUCAAGAGGGUCUUGAGCUAGGUAGAUCGCGCGGUCGACGACCAGGGUUGAGCAGCGCACUCCCUGGUAGUACUGUGCACGCACGCGACGCCCGUGACAAUCCUCCGUCAUGUGUGAGGUUGCAUCGCAGAAGUGCGAAGACAUGUUAUCAAGGAGCGGCGAUCCACAUCACUGAAAUCAGCCCUAGGCAGACUGAUGCAUGAUCUCGCGGGGGUAGUCUUGUUUGGACUGGAGGAUCACAGGAUGUAACGGCAGAGGGACCUAAGUGGCCAGACGACCGAGUGCAUGUUCGGCCAAUUAGCAAAGGGCAAGACUUGGGACAAGAAUCUGGC